AUGCAAUGUCAAGGCAUGGCUUAUUGCUCAGAAUGCACUAACUAUAAAAGUGGAGAAGAUUACGAGGACUGUCGUUCGGUGGGACAUCAGUUAAUCGACGCUCAAUUACACCAAGAUAUUAUUGCGCAUGUCUAUCACCAGGAUGAUGAGAGCAUACUGCAGAAAAAGAAAGAGUCUGCAGUGAUCGAUGAUGAUGCUCAUAAGUUUGUGAAGCUAGAGUACAAAGAUGUUGGCAAAUGGAAGCUAAAAUUUAAAGGUGUAAAUUACACUCCAGGUGUCCCAUCUCCCUUUUUCUCCUUUAUUGGUCCAACUGGUAGUGGAAAGUCUGCAUUAAUUAAAAGUAUAAUGAAAAGGAUGAAAAGGGAUAAGAAGAUUACCAAUGAGAAGAUGCCAGUACCAAAGACAACCCACACCAACGGUGAAUCAAUGUCUUCAGAUAUCAAUUGCUAUGUAUUGGUAAAUAAAGGUGGGCUUCGAGUAGUGUAUCGUAUAUUGGAUACUGAAGGAAGCGGUGGAACAACAGGCACAUACUUUACCCCCGCCAACCCGGACAAAGAGAUUGCCAAAGAUAGACUAGCACGUGCUCAAGAGAUCUACCCGAGACUUAUCCAUUUAAUUAGCAAGGUGGUGAUUUAUGUGUUUAACAACCGUCAGGAACAAUCGACUAUCAUCGAGACACUCUCUUCGAUGGUCAGUCACAUCGAGUCGAGAUCAAUCAACAAUCCAUCCAAACCCCACCUAUUGGUUAUUUUCAACAAUCAAUCUACCAGCUCUCCCGAUACCGACUAUUUCACAAGCAAUGCAUUCUUGCGUGCCGCUGACCCAACAGUCCGAAGAAUAGAAUCCUACUUUGUCAGUUUACAAUCCAUCUCAAUACCAAAUGCAACAACUGAACCAACACUAUUUAUUGAAAGGCUAGACAAGGUAAUAGGAAUAUUGGAGAAAUACCAAAACAUUGAAGACCAACAUUGGAGAAAGAGUGACCUUUUAGACAAAAUCUUUAAAGAUGGUAAAAUCUUUAAAAUGUUAUCCGAUGACCCAACAGUGGACCACUUCACAUUGAUGAAACACGCCAUAUCUACACCAUUAUACAUUUAUUUUAAAAAUAGAUACGAUUAUCUUGGUCGGAUCCGACCAGAUCUAUCGGAGCUUCAAAAAUACCAGAUAGUCAUUGACUAUAUUAAACAACAUAUUACAACCCAACACAACCGACAAAAACUUAUUGAAACAGAUUAUCUUGUUUUCAAUGGACUCGAAUGUCAAUCACAUUACCAAGAUCAAGAUGAUCAAGAUGAUCAAGAUUCCUCCACCAUUAUUCACAAAUGUUGUCUUGGAUUAAUGACACAUGGAAAUCAACAUCAAUCAAUACACACAAAGAAACAGAUCAUCAUGUCAGAAGAAGUCAAAGAAAUGUUAAAUAACCAAGAAAAAGUGGAAUCAAUUAAAUGGCCUGGUGAAUUUAAAUAUCCCAAUUGGGAUAAUAGUCAAGCUAUAAAAGGAUUUGUUGAUCAUUUUGAACAACUAUUAGGUUUUAAACCUGGUGAAAUACAGUCAUCAAACAAAGUAGUUGUAAUCAAAGAUGAUCCUUACCAAUUGAAAAUUCAAACAACCAACCCCACAAAAGAAGAAGACAUAACUCUAAUGGAUCAAGAAUCAUACUUUUUAUUCUUCUUUCGUACCCCUCUGCUCACAGUAUACUUACAAAUGAUGGAUGAAAUCGAUAAAGAAAUCAUCAUAGACGGUGCUGCUUGUCAGCAACAACAACAACAAGAGGAGGCGGAGUCAUCAACACAUACUCCAAAGAGCCAAGACAACAAUAAUAAUAAUAACAAUAAUAAUAAUAAUCAUAGUGUAUUCAAACAACCUCUUAUGCCUUCACAUUUCAAUCAAAGUAGUAUUAAUACUACUGCGCCACUCACAUUAGAAGAUAUAGCAACUGAUAGUAAUAAUAAUAGUAAUAAUUAUACAUUUCGUAAUCCCAAUUAUGUAUCUAGUAUUGGUCCAUAUGUUGGGUUCAACUCAUCGGGAUUAUCACUACAAAGUUUGACUGACGAGAUGUUGGAUGCUACACAAGACCUCGUAGCCAGCACAACGAGCAAUCAAAACAUUAGCUUUGAAUUUAGUACUAUUGGUGAAUCGGUCAUUCACAUGGCUCCAAAGAAUGACUCGAGUAUCGAUUUGCAAUUGAAUGGUGAUAGUGGUAUUAUCAUUGAUACACAUUCUUCUUCUCAAUUGGAUAAUGUUCCUCCGCAACAACAAGAGGAGGAAGAAGAAGAAGAAAGUGUAAAGGAAGAUCAAUCUGCUCCUCAAGAAGAAGAACAAGACCAAAUGUUAACUGACACCAAUCAAAGUAUAGAAGAUGGUGGUCAACCAAAAGAAGAAGAGCAAGAAGAGGAAGGAGAAGAACAAUCUAACGCUAGUGCAAAUGAAAGUAGAGGAGGAAGAGGUCAACAUGUUUCAUUUGAAGAAAGAGAAGAAUCAUCACAAGUUUAUUUAAUGGAGACCGAUCAUCGCAACAACAAUAAUGACGUCAACUUUGGAACAUCUUCUAUCAAUAAUGAAGAAAAUAUGACUGAUUUGACAAUGAGUCAUUUGAAAACCAACAACCAAUCAACAGACAACGAAAAUGAAUCAAAUGAUGAAAAAGAAACAACUCUAUACUUUAGUGAUUUGAAUGGAUCACAAUUGGAUCUAGGUACUGGUGUCGGUGGAUCAACCAACCAUAACGGUACACAACAACAAGGACAACAACAACAACAAGAAUACCAUAUUCUAGAAACUGGUGAACAUAUUCUACUACCAAGUACAAUAGAUCGUCCAGAUCGAUCUAGUCAAGGUGCUGAUCAAUCUGAUUAUGAAUCUGAUGAAAACCAAGAUUAUGAAGCAUCUCAUCAUAGUGAUAUGGAACUAGAUAAUCAAAGUACUACCAUCAUCACAGAAUAUACACCAACAAGUCAAGAAAAUAGAGCGUUGCUUGCAAAUCAAAGUAAAAAUACAAUCAUUGAAAAUCAAAUAACUUCAACUACUACAACUACGACUACUACCACCACAACAACAGAGAAUAUGGUUACUUCAGGAGGAAGCAAUCCACAAGACAAUAGAGAAAUUAAAUUAAUAGAUAAUGAAUCACUCGAAUUGACAAAUGUAUUAAUUUCAGAGUUACUUGAACAAUUUUUGAAAAUUAAAGAGUCUCAUGUUGUAUUAUUUGACUUUAUUACAAAGAAUCCAAGACAAAUUAAUGAAUUAUUUGAUAUUUAUAAUUCGAAAAUUGAUCAUUUGGAGAAAAGUUUAAAGGAAAAAAUGGCAACACCAAAAGCAAGUUUGGAAUCUGAUCUUUCAUUUGAUCUAUCAAACCCAAAGCCAAAAAAGGAUGGUGGAUCAUUAGAGGAAGCUUUGUCAUUUGAUACAAGUCAACAAAAAAUACAUAUUACCACUCACCAAGGAAUUAAUAUCAAUGAAUCUAUUUUACCUUUAAAACAACUUCAACCUCAACCUCAAAAAGAACCUGAACAGAAUAAUAAUCAUCAAAAUAAUAAUGAAGAAAUUCAAUUUAAGGAUCAACAAGCUAGACAUUUGACUCAAGAUUAUAAUGUAUUGAGAAAAGAUUUUGAAACUUUAUUGGAAGCUGUCAAUUGUCAUUCAUCAAAAAUUGACAAGAUUGGACAUAUAUUAUCAAACCAGAUCAACCAAUCCAACAACAUAGUCCUUUCAUCACAAUUAAAGGAAAUUGUUUACGAAGAAAAAAUACAAAAGGUUAAUAGUCAAUCAAGUCAACAAACAUUACCAACAGCUCCAAUAAUUGUACAACAACAACAACAACAAGAUUAUGCAGUUGUUGAUAUAUUAUCAAAUAGUGUAGGUCGACAUGUUAUCAUUGAUAUUAAAAGUAGUGUUACAGAGAACCCGAUCAUUCAUCACACUGAAACUCUAAAUAAUACAUCCUCUACAACCUCUUCAGAAGGUAGUGGCAGUGGAUCCUCUUCAUCCUCUUCUUCACCAGAUGAAAAUGACCAACAAUUUAAACAACAUUUGGGUCAAGUUGAAAGACAAACCAAUUUGCUAAAGAAAAUGAUUGAAAUUCUUGCCAACCACAUUCAACAAUUUAAAUUUGUCAAUCAUAAUUUUGAUAGUAUCCAAUUGACAUUUAAAACGAGUAUUGAAACACUCGAUGCAAUCUUGAAUGCUCAUACCAAAAAGAUUCAGUGCACCACCGUCAUUGAAAACCUACUCAACGCAGGAAUGAAUCAACAAUCCAUUCAAGAUCGUUUGAAUCAAUUACUUGGUGAAAAAGAGCAUGUCGAUCGCGUCGUCUCUGAAAAGUCUCAACAGUACGAAACAAUGUUGGAGAAAAAGGAAGAGGAAAUAGGCAAUCUUAAAACCAUUAUUGAUCAGUUGGCCAGCAGUCUGGAAUUCCACAACAACAAGAAAAAGACAGAACCAACCAGUCUUGACCCAAUGAACGAAGAUGGUACCGAUCAACCAUCGUCGCAAAGAAAUAUAUUUGAACAUGAAAGACAGCGUUACCUCGACCGUAUCAAAGCUUUGGAAGUUGAAAAUGCAAACUUUUCAUCUCACAAUCAUACUGUACUAAUCGAACAAGAAAACAAGCAUCUAACAGAUCAACUUCGUCAAUUAGAUGUUAAAAUAGAAAAUCAUUUAAAGGAAUUAAGUGAAUAUAAAGAAUUGGUUGGUAAUCAAAAUGUUGAAAAGAAUAGAUUUGAAAUGAAUCAUCAAAAAUUGGUGGAAGAAUAUAAUAAUCAACAAAGGGAGAUUGUUAGAUUGUUGACACAAUUUGGACCGGUUGACAACCUGACAUUGACACAAUCAAAUCAAUUGGUUGAUGGUAUCAACAGUACUUUGAUCUACCAAAAACAGGAAAUUGAAAAUAACAUUAAAGAACGAGGUAGAUUGCAAGCAUUGAUCACAAAGUUGAACCAAGAAAUCAAUGACACCGGUGCCAUUUUAGCGUCGCAACAAGAGGACAACCAAAUGCUUAACAACAAGGUAGAGGAACUAACCACCAAGUUGAAGACCAAAGAGCAGUUGAUUGCUAGGUUGCAACAAGAGUUUGACGAUUUCCAAGCCUCAAAGAAACAUGCUGAUGCCGAACUGGUAGAAUCCAAAGCGUUAGUGGAAGAGUUUGGUUUGACCAUCAAGAAACAACAAGAAAAGAUGGUGGAGCAAUCUGAAAUCUCCAAAAAGCAAAUCGACACACUUAACGAAGAAAAGGUCAUGCUCGAGGUAGUCGUUGAAAAGUAUGAAACCGAAAAGAAGGAGCUUGAAGAUCGUAUCAAGGAAUUUGAACAAAGCAAGUUAGAGUUGAUUCGAACGAGAGAGGAACUGACCAUCACCAAAAACGAAUCAAUCAAGACUCAAAUGAGUUUGGAACUCGAGAAACAAAGGACACUUAAAAUCGACUCACUAGAGUUGCAAUUGGCACAAACACGCUUGACAUUGUCCGAGGAACGCGAUCUCAACAAACGGUUGAGCGAGGAAAAGUCUACUCUGGAUAUCGACCAUCUCCGUCUGGAAAAGCUAACCGCUGAGCAAGAGGAAGAGAUUCACCAGCUGCUCUCGAACCAAUCCAACGCACAAACAAAGAUGGACAAUAUGACCAACUAUGCACAGCUGUUCAAGACGUUGUCUGAAGAACACGAGGUCAUGAAGAGCAACUACCAGAAGCGUACCGCCGAGUUGUCCUCGUUGCACGACAAGUUCUCAAAGAAAAAGGAGGAAGCCGUCGACCUGGCCAAACAACUCCAAGACAAGGAGGCAAAGCUCAGAGACUCGGUUACAGCCACUGACAAUGCCGAGAGCGAACUGAACAAGACCCGCUUUGAGUUGUCUACCACUGCCGAAGUACUGAAAAAGAAGGAAAAGAUGCUCGAAGAACAAGCCAAGAGUAUCCAGGAAUCGCAUGACUCACUUGCCAAGGCACGCCUAGAACUAGCCAAUACCCAAGCACAGUUUUCUCAACAAUCGAAAUCAGACCGUUCCACCAUCAACAACUUUGAGGGUAAUAUGCACGAAUACAAAUCAAAGUUCCUCGAUGCCAUGAACAGCAAGAGUACUCUAGAGGCAGACAAUGAAAAACUACGCGACGAGAACGCAAACAUUAAAACGAAAAUGGAUCGUAUCACUCACGAACUUGAAACUACAAAGGCUCAAUUUGAAUUGACCAAGGGUAAACCCAACCCACCUGGAAAUGAUGUAGCACAUAGAUUGGCCAUCAAACAAUUGGAAAUCCUUAGAAAAGAAAAUGAAAAAUUAAAAUUGGAUAUCGAUCAAUUAAAAAAUAUUACAACCACAUCAACAACAAUGGUAGAAUCUAAAAAGGGUCAAGAACCUAAAAUGGAUGAAUCAAAUGAUCAUGUGGAACCAAAAUUAAAGAAAUCAUCUCAAUCAUCUCAACAAUCAUCUCAACAAUCAUCUCAAAAAUCAUCUCAAACUUCUCCACCAAAAGAAACUCCUCUUUCUCCUCCUCCUCCACUUACAACCAAAAAGAGAAAAUCAAAAGAACCUCCUAUUAUUCCUUCUCAAGAAAAAGAAAAAUCAAAAGAAAUUGAAAUGGAAAAGAAGCAAGAAGAACAACCAAAGACAAGAGGAAGAAAGAAAUUGGUUGAAACAGCAGAAAAAGAGAAAGAAGUAGAACAAGAACAAGAAAAAGAAAAAGAAAAAGAAAUAGUGGCAGAAGAAAGAGUCCCCAAAAAGAAAAAAGAAAGUGAAGUUAAAAAACCUGAUCAAGAAACCAACUGUACAAAGAAACCAACCGAAGAAAAUCAACCAACAACAACCUCAGCAACUACUACUACUACACACAAACCAAUAACACUCACCCUAAGAUCACCAAAGAAAAGAACUAUAGAUGCUUUGGAACAACCCCAAGAUGUAAAUAAUAUUAAUAAUGUAAAGGAAAAAACUGCUACUGCUACUACCACCACUACUGACAAGCAAAAGGAAAAGGAAAAGAAUAACAAUGAUAACAAACUCUCUUCUCCUGGCAAACAACAACCAACCAAAAAGGUAAAACAAGAGUUUGUACUCUCUCUAACAGGCUUCAAGGAUGAAAGAACCAAAAUGAACUUGGCCAGAAUCAUACAACAUCUGGGUGGUUCCAUCAAACAAGAAGAUUUCGAGUCAUCCAUCACACAUAUCAUUACGCCAACACAACCACCAGUACCCACUCCCACAAUGAAAGGAUUUGCUGCUGCCCUUACACACAAAUGGAUCAUGUGCCAAGAAUGGUUGGAAGAUUCUGAAAAGGCUGGUAAAUUCCUCCCCGAAGAUUUAUAUGGUGUCAAAUUCAAAGAAGAACCAUUCAAUGGAAAGAAAUUCUUUGUUGAAGAAUCAUUCUAUGAAACCAAACAAUUAAAACCUGAAAGUUUAAGAGUUUUGGUUUGUUCAAUGGGUAAUGGAACAAUUGUAGAAAAUGAAAUGGUUGCAGAUUUUAUUUUAACAACAAACGUACGACCUGAUAAUCCAAAGUGUUUAUCAUUUCAACAAUUUUUCUAUAAAAUUCCACGUCCAGUAGCACCACUUUGCCGAGUCAAAAAAUCAUCAUCCACUGAUAAAAGUCUUGAUACUAGUGGUGUCACUACACAGUCUGGAUCACAAUCAUCAACAUCGUCAUCAAAAUCUUUGAGUAGUUCAAGUGGUACAAAAACUCCAACUCGUUCAAAAAAUAGCGCCUACAAAUACUUACAGGAACUUUACAAGAAGAAGCAAGCUGAUGCUAUUCGUUUCCUUCUCAGAUUGAGAUGUUGGGAAUACAGAAACCUCCCAGUCUGCCAUCGUGCUUCUCGUCCAUCGAGACCCGAUAAGGCCAGACGUUUGGGUUACAAGGCCACUCAAGGCUUCGUCGUAUACCGUAUCCGUGUACGUCGUGGUAACCGUAAGAGACCAGUUCCAAACGGACGUACUGGUGGUAAGCCAAAGUCCCAAGGAGUCAACGAACUCAAGCCAAAGAGAUCGCUCCAAACCGUUGCUGAAGAACGUGUUGCCCGUAGAUGUCCAAAUCUCCGUGUCCUCAACUCAUACUGGAUCAACGCCGACUCUACCUACAAGUACUUUGAAGUCAUCCUCGUCGAUCACUCUCACCAAGCCAUCCGUAACAAUCCACGUACCAACUGGAUCUGUGCCCCAGUUCACAAGCACCGUGAAAACCGUGGUCUCACCUCUUCUGGUGUCAAGGCUCGUGGUCUCAGAAAGAAGGGUCGUCAUGCCGUCAAGGCUAGACCAUCCGUCCGUGCUAACUACACCAGACGUAACAACCGUGUCUUCCGUAGAUACAGAUAA